AUGUCACACCUCGCAAAGCCCCUCCCGGCCUUGUACACCGUCUACGUCCUGCGCUCAACGGUGCGCCAUGCUUCCAUGUACAUCGGAUCUACGCCCAACCCGCCCCGGCGGCUUAAGCAGCACAACGGCCAGGCUCCAGGCGGCGCUGUGCGCACCUCGCGACAGACUCUGCGGCCAUGGGAGAUGGUCAUUCUAGUGUCUGGCUUCCCGAGCAUGAUCGCUGCCCUCAAAUUCGAGUGGGCCCUGACAAAUCCGCACGUGUCGAUGCAUAUCCCGACAGAGUCGCGCAUCACCAUUGCAACACAGAAGAAGCGGAGCGGCAAGCCGCGACGACCGUUGCACAGUCUAAAGUCGGUGGUUGCUAAUAUUCACCUGCUCAUCGGCGUUCCGAGUUUCGUUCGAUGGCCGCUGAAUCUGCACUUCCUGGCUAAGGAUGCCUACACUACGUGGGAAGCGCGCCUCAAGUCCGUCGGCGAGCCACCAAAAGCAGGCAUGGAGAUUGUCACAGACUUUGGCCCCUCGCCAGAAAGUGAGGCCUCGGAGCCAGCCCCACGAGGCAUCCACGCCUUGCCAUUAGACUAUUCCCCCAUUAAGCCGUACGUGGAGAAGGCGCACAACGUCGUAUCGUUCGAGCAGGAGGGCCAUUGUGUGCACUGCCACCAAGAGCUAGAGUCAGCAAAGGGACUGCAUCCAAUGUGCCCCAAUGACGGUUGCGAAGCCAUGGGCCAUCUCGAUUGCUGGAGCAAACAUGCACUAAUCGGGGAAGAUGACGGGGCAUUAAUACCGGAGCGUUGCGUAUGUCCUUCGUGUGGAGGCAAGGUGCGAUGGGGCGAUAUGAUCAAGGAGCUAAGUCUCCGAAUAAGAAGCCCGAAAGAUGUCGAGAAGCUGCUCAAGAAGAAACGGCGGAGUAAAAAGACAGCUGCAGUUGAGUCGUGA